UAGGGCUCGUUUGUGUCAAUGGAAGAGCUGCCUUAGAGGAGACACCUAGCGUAGUUUUAACGUCGGCCUCUUGUGGAAAGAGUUCAGGGCUCCUAAACAUGAUGUCAUUGGUGUGCGCCUUUUCUCACGUGUAUUCACCAGAAACAUGGCUGGGAGUGUUAAGAGACCGGAGCAGACUGGACCUGCAGAACUGUUUUACAAUGAAGUUGAAGCUAGAAAAUACACACACAACUCCCGUAUCAUAGAGAUUCAGUCCCAGAUGUCGGAGCGUGCUGUGGAACUCCUGUGCUUGACUGAGGAUCAGCCAUGUUACCUCCUGGAUGUGGGCUGUGGCUCUGGUCUGAGCGGGGACUACAUAACUGAACAGGGGCAUCACUGGGUGGGCAUCGACAUCAGUAACUCCAUGUUGGAUGUAGCAUUAGAGCGAGAAGUAGAAGGAGAUUUGAUCCUUGGGGAUAUGGGGCAAGGUAUUCCGUUCCGGCCUGGAACAUUUGAUGGUUGCAUCAGUAUUUCAGCCCUGCAGUGGCUUUGUAAUGCUGAUAAGAAGACACAUAAUCCUCCACGAAGGCUCUUUCGCUUCUUCUCCACUCUUUACUCUGCAUUGGCGCGAGGGGCUCGUGCAGUCCUCCAGUUGUAUCCUGAGAAUGCAGCGCAGCUAGAACUAGUAACUGCUCAGGCAAUGAGAGCUGGAUUUACUGGCGGUAUGGUAGUGGACUAUCCUAACAGUAGCAAGGCUAAGAAGUUUUUCUUGUGCCUGUUUGCAGGUGUAUCAGGAGCAUUGCCUAAGGGUCUGGGAGAGGAGUCAACAGAACAUGCAUCAAGACAUCAGGCAUCCUUUACCAAUGAGAGGAUGCGAUUUAAAAAUGUCCGGGGAAAAUCGGUAAAGAAAAGCAGAGAUUGGAUUCUGGAGAAAAAGGAACGACGCAGACGACAAGGAAAGGAAGUUCGGGCUGACACAAAAUUCAGUGCACGCAAGAGAAGACCUCACUUUUAAUAUAUUUACAGUGACUCCCUUCCUUGUGGGAAGACUUUGCAGUGGGCUACAUACAUAUAUGUAUUUGAGGACUGUGUGUGACCUAUAUAUGGACUUGCAGUGCCUUCCAGUCGUGGAGUAAAGACCUAGGAGUGUGUGCUGUGCUCAGCGAAGAUGAACCUGUCCUUGGUCCCCUCCACAAAUCAGUUUUAUGUCAACUACAGACAACUUCUAUAGUUAUUAAACUUCUAAUCUGUUGAUUUUAUCCUGAUGUAGGCUGCUCUUAGUGUGUUACUUAGUUACUAUUUGUGUGCAGAUAAGAAAGGGUAUGGUCCCACCUCAGGCAGCAUGGGACCGAUAAUUGCAUAUACAGUGGACUUGAGAUCUUAUCAAUAUAAAGAGGUUGAAAACCUCUGACCCAAAUCUCAUGUUUCCUGUAUGAUUGUUCUGUUGCCAUUUCAUUGCUUGAAAGGCAUUCAGUUCCAGGGCUUGCUGUGACUACUGAGGGAGAGCAGGCUGUUAGCAAAAGACUUGUGCGCAUCUGGCCUUACAGUGUGUUGCAAUUGUCUCCUAAUUUAUUACUGAAUGCCCUUUUUAGCUAUCCACCUAAUAUAUUACCUUUAUCACAGUUAUUUAAAAUGGACAGACUGUCCUGUAGAGGAACAAUUAAAACCCUAGGUUACCUCCAUUAGUGUUGUAUGCAGUCCUGUAUACUGACUCACAGCAAGCCUUAAAGCAGAGGAUCAACUGCUGUAGUGUCUACCAGCACCUCCUCUUAUGCACAGUUUCUUUUUUAAUGACUACUAUUCACACAGUGAUUCCUUUUGAUGUCUAGUAACUACAAACAACCAACAUCAAACAUACCACCUCUCUAACAUCUUUUGCCAAGUUUCGGCAUUUUCAGUGGACAGAAGCAAGAGAGUUUUGGAUAUUGCCUCCCCAACAUCUUUUGCCAAGUUUUGGCAUCUUCAGGAGACGGAAGCAAGAGUGUUUUUGGAUAUUGCCUCCCCAACAUCUUUUGCCAAGUUUUGGCAUCUUCAGGAGACGGAAGCAAGAGUGUUUUUGGAUAUUGCCUCCCCAACAUCUUUUGCCAAGUUUCAGUAUUAUUAAAUACGUUUUAUUGAACAAUAUCGGGCAACAGGCCCAUUAAAGUGAACAUAGUGCCCUAAACAUAAGGAAUUACAAGGCAAGUGGAGUCCAAACAAUUGAACCGAAUGUAGACGACAGGUUAGCACAUUCCAGUACAUACUGAGUAGAACGAAGGCAUCAACAACAUCACCCAACGUAGGUGCCAAGUUUCAGUAUCUUCAGAGAACGGAAGCAAAAGCGUUUUUGGCAUCAGAAAAUGUUGACACUUUCCCCAGACAUCAUCAACUCAUCCCUUGUUUGCCAAUCAUAAAUAAAUUCACCCUUUAAAAUAUUAUCAUCAUUAGCAGUGUUUCAUCAUUGCCUUCUAGCCUUGUCUAAGAUUUCUCCAGAUCUGAUCAACAGUUUCUGGGUAAGUUUCACUAUUCUACUUACCUUUUAAUAUUACAAGGUCAAAAUUUUUGUUCUUUUUUUGGAAACUCUGUCAGGGAAGUACCAAAUGCCUGGCUGGUCAUUUGAAAAACACUAGAAAUUGAUAAACACAUAAUUUUUUUUGUUUUUAACACUUUU